GCCGCUCCCUCCCUUCUUCCCUCGCUCCGCUACUCCAUCACUGGCUGCAGAUGGAUGGGCAGGGAGGUGCAGCGUCUCUGGGCGCCUGGGCUCAGGAGCUCUGAGAAGGGAGGAGUUAAAGACACCUUGGGUCCAGGGACUGGGAAAAUAGCCGAUGCCCUGCUCUCUGACCUGGAGACCACAACCUCACACAUGCCAAGGUCAGGGGCUCUAAAAGAGCGGCCCCCAGAGCCCCUCACAUCUCCUCUGCCACAGAUGGGGUCUGGGGAGUCUUCAGGAGCCUCUGGUGACAAGGAUCAUCUGUACAGCACGGUAUGCAAGCCCCGGUCCCCGAAGCCUGCGGCCCCUGCAGCCCCUCCAUUCUCCUCUUCCGGUGGUGUCUUGGGCACGGGUCUCUGUGAGCUAGACCGGUUGCUUCAGGAACUUAAUGCCACUCAGUUCAACAUCACAGAUGAAAUAAUGUCUCAGUUCCCAUCCAGCAAGGAGGCUGCAGGGGAGCAGAAAGAGGACCAAUCUGAGGACAAGAAAAGGCCCAGCCCCCCUCCCAGCCCAUCCCCUGUUCUCCCAAAGCCUUCAGCCACCUCUGCCACCCUGGAGCUAGAUAGACUGAUGGCCUCACUCUCUGACUUCCGUGUCCAGAACCAUCUUCCAGCCUCUGGGCCAACCCAGCCACCAGUGCCAAGCUCCAUGAAUGAGGACUCCCCCUCCCCACCAGGGCCCGCUAGCAAAGGCAGCCUGGACACCAUGCUGGGGCUGCUUCAGUCUGACCUCAGCCGCCGCGGUGUUCCCACCCAGGCCAAGGGCCUCUGUGGCUCCUGCAAUAAACCCAUUGCUGGGCAAGUGGUGACCGCACUUGGCCGUGCUUGGCACCCUGAGCACUUUGUUUGUGGUGGCUGUUCCACGGCCCUGGGAGGCAGCAGCUUCUUCGAGAAGGAUGGAGCUCCCUUCUGUCCAGAGUGCUACUUUGAGCGCUUCUCCCCACGAUGUGGCCUCUGCAAUCAACCCAUCCGACACAAGAUGGUUACUGCCUUGGGCACCCACUGGCACCCGGAGCAUUUCUGCUGCGUCAGUUGCGGGGAGCCCUUCGGAGAUGAGGGUUUCCACGAGCGGGAGGGCCGCCCCUACUGCCGCCGAGACUUCCUGCAGCUGUUCGCCCCGCGCUGCCAGGGCUGCCAAGGCCCCAUUCUGGAUAACUACAUCUCGGCGCUCAGCGCGCUCUGGCACCCAGACUGUUUCGUCUGCAGGGAAUGCUUCGCGCCCUUCUCGGGAGGCAGCUUUUUUGAGCACGAGGGCCGUCCGCUGUGCGAGAACCAUUUCCACGCGCGGCGCGGGUCGCUGUGCGCCACGUGCGGCCUCCCGGUGACCGGCCGAUGCGUGUCGGCCCUGGGCCGCCGCUUCCACCCGGACCACUUCACCUGCACCUUCUGCCUGCGCCCUCUCACCAAGGGCUCCUUCCAGGAGCGCGCCGGCAAGCCCUACUGCCAGCCCUGCUUCCUCAAGCUCUUCGGCUGAGCGCCUGCCGGGCUCGCCCCUUUGGGGGAGCGCGGCCCCAAAGACCUCGCCCUUCCGAAAAGAUGGGGCUCUCCACACCGCAAGGCCUUGCGCUUAGAGCUCGGGGCUGCCCCAGCCCGGCUCCGUGAGGCCCCACCCCCUGGAGGGAUCAGCCCCGAAGGUACUGUACGUUCUCCGUGGGCGAGUUCAGAAAAGGCCCCCCCCCCGAGCCUAAGGCCACGCGCCCCCCAAAGUGGGUCGUAUACUGACGAGCGACCCCGCGUGAGCCCUUCACUUUAUUCCCAGCCUUGAGGGAGUCCCCCGACUGGAGGAGGGUCCUUGCAAUUCCCACAGACCCAAGGCCAGGCCGGGACGUCCCUCCCCACCCCCUCACUGUUCAGUGCACUUUUUUCUACCUACAUAAACACACAUUCCACGUC